CGUGACUCUUCUUGUCGAGAUUCACAUGUAGGAAAGUUUGACGAAGGCAUGUCAAAUGCUGAUUUCAUCCUUAUGGAAUAUACAGAGGUUCCGGGCUCAGGUGGUUCUAACUGGACUGACCAGGAGACAUUGCUUCUUUUGGAAGCGUUAGAAAUUUUUAAAGGAAAAGAAUGGGAUGAGAUUGCUGAGCAUGUUGUUACAAAAACAAAAGAACAGUGCAUGCUAUACUUCCUCCAAAUGCCAAUUUUCGAUUCCUUUCUAGAUGGUAAAGAAUUCAGUGAAACACCUCAGAAGAUUACACAGGAUUUGCCAAACUGGCACUUUUGAUGUGCCUGAGGAAAUGGAUGUAGAUGACAAUGCAGAAGGAAAAGAGAGCACUGAUGGAAAAACUUUCAAGAAAGCAGAUGCUAAUUCUUCAGAAACAGGAACAAAAUUAGCUGACCAAAGCGUUUCUGCUAAAGAGGAUACCAUGAAUCCAGGUGAAAAAACUUUCAAGAAAGCAGAUGCUAAUCCUUCAUGUUGUAAUUCACUGAGAGCUAUAUCAGAAAUAUCUCCUGCUCUCCAACUGGCAACUGGGCACUGUUUUAUACUUCCGGAUCCACCGAGUAACCUCGAAGAUCCUACUUCCAAUUUCAGCCCUUGCACAGGUGGUGUGUGCCAAGGAGGUGCUGGUGGUACUCAAAAUGUGAAUGCUACUGAUAAAGAUAGAAGUGAAAGGGAAGAAAGUGCUUUAGCUCUGGAAAAAGAGAGAGCUACAUUCACCUCACAGAAAGAGCACAUGGAAUUAUCUAACACAAAGGAAUCGUUUGUUGAAGGUCCCCAAGCGGAAGUCAUAAUAUUAUCGUAUUAUGUAUUGCAAAGAUCAAUUAUUAUAAAUAUAUAUUAUAUUUAUGCUUCUAUGUCAAAUUUAUGUGUCCAUAAUAUGGGGUAGCAUGCAUUGUAUUGAGUGAACAAGCAACAAAA